ACGACGCACGCGGCGGGCGCGCGGGCUCCGGCGGCAUGUCCGUCAGCAGGAAGGACUGGGCCGCGCUGUCCAGCCUGGCCAGGCAAUGGACCCUGGAGGAUGAGGAAGAGCAGGAGCGGGAACGGCGGCGGCGGCACCGCAACCUGAGGUCCACCUCGGACGAUGAAGCUCCCUGGCCGUCCCCGGAUGCAGACCCGCCGGCCCUGGAGAGACCGCUGAGCGUGGAGGAAGCAGAGGUGCCCCAGCCACUACCCCCAGCCUCCAAAGAUGAGGACGAGGAUGUCCGGGCCACCCUCAGGUCGCGGCAGGAGCGGAGGCAGAGGCGGCAGGCGGUGGAGGUGGCACAGGCCCCCAUCCGGGAGCAGCUGGAGGCAGAGGAGGGGAGGGACAGCUCGGCCGCUGGGCAGGCCAAGAAGGCGCCCCCGGUGCCCAAGAAGGAGGUGGAGCUGCUGUCUCGCAGGAGACUGAGCCAGGGGCGGCCGGGCUCCUGGGCCCUGGAGGAGGAGAGCUCGGCCGGCAGGGAGCCAGGAGGCAGCAGGAGGGGCGUCUCGGAAAAAGGCCCGGCUCCCGAGAAGCCUUCUGCUGUAGAGAAGACAUUAGUGCCUGAAAAGAGACCAGACUCCAAGCUCUCCGUCUCUGAGAAGGCCCCCAGCCGCGACCAAGUGUCUGUGUUGGAGAGGAUCGCAGUGUUGGAAAAGACGACUGCCCCAGGAAAGAGAUCAGUUCUGGAAAAAACCAGUGUCUCAGAGAAGCUGCCGGCCUCAGGGAAGGCGCCGGGCUCGGAGAGGAGCCUGGUGUCUGAGAAGGCGUCAGUCUUUGAGAAGACCCCGGCCACGGAGACAAGGCUGGCCCCGCUGAGGGCAGCGGCCUCGGGGCAGCCCGAGGCCCAGGAGCAGCUGGCCUCUGGGGAGAGCCCGUCCACCACCGAGGGGCAGAGAAGGGCCGGCCCCGAGAAGAAGCCCCCGUCCUCGGCAGGGCUGCGAGAGCAAAGGCCAGAGCCUCUGCCAGUGGCUUGCCACCUCCCACCCAUCACUCUCCAGAUGAAAAUCCCCAGCAAGGAGGACGAGGCAGACACACCCUCGCCCACCCAGUCCACCUACAGCAGCUCCCUCCAGCGCUCCAGCCCCAGGACCAUCUCCUUUCGGAUGAGCCCCAGGAUGGACAACUCCGAGACCACCUUAACCCGCAGCAGCAGCAUGAGGCUCCCGGCUGGCAUGGUCAAGUUAGGCCAGAAGCUGGAGCGAUACCACACGGCUAUACAGAGAUCAGAAUCCGUCAAGUCUCCAGGGUCCUCCCGCACUGAGUUCUUGGUGGCUCCCGUGGACGUGGCCAGCAAGCGCCACCUCUUUGAGAAGGAGCUGGUGGGUCAGAGCCGAGACGAGCCGGCCUCCAGCCGGAAGGAGAACCUGAGGCUCUCGGGGGUUGUGACAUCAAGGCUCAACCUGUGGAUCAGCAGGACCCAGGAGCCUGGAGAUCAGGACCCCCAGGAGGUGCAGAAAGAGUCGGCAGCAGCCAGGAGAACCCUGUGGAGGAAGAAAGCAGACGCCUCCCUGGAUGCUGAGAGGGAAGUGGACACCAUGUCGGACGUGGAGGAGGCUGGAGAGGAGUACGAGGAGGAGCAGGAAGAAGGAGAUGUGGAAGAGCAGGAGGCAGCGGGAGAAGAGGCUGGAGGCGAGGCUGAGGAGCCCAAUGUUGAAGAAGAUGGACAAGAAGAGGAUGCUAAGGAGGUGGAAGACGGCCCAGUGGAGGGGUCCAAACCCAAGCCCAGGCUGUUCAUGCCCAACCUGGUGCCGCCCAAGAUACCCGACGGAGAGAGAGUGGACUUCGACGACAUCCACCGCAAGCGCAUGGAGAAGGACCUGAACGAGCUGCAGGCGCUGAUCGAGGCGCACUUUGAGAACAGGAAGAAGGAGGAGGAGGAGCUGGUCUCGCUCAAGGAUCGGAUCGAGAAACGGCGGGCGGAGCGGGCAGAGCAGCAGCGCAUCCGGACUGAGCGGGAGAGGGAGCGUCAGACCCGCCUGGCUGAGGAGAGGGCCCGCCGGGAGGAGGAGGAGAGCAGGAGGAGGGCUGAGGACGAGGCCCGGAAGAAGAAGGCUCUGUCCAACAUGAUGCACUUCGGAGGCUACAUCCAGAAGGCUGAGACGGAGCGUAAAAGUGGGAAGAGGCAGACAGAGCGGGAAAAGAAGAAGAAGAUUCUGGCCGAGAGGAGGAAGGUGCUGGCCAUCGACCACCUGAACGAGGACCAGCUGAGGUGGGACCGCGGGGCUAGGGCCACACCUGGCGGGAGGGGCGGGGCCAGAGGAGGGCGCUGUCUCGCGCGCGCCACCAGGGGGCGCUACCGCCCCACGUAUUCCCAGGCGGCGCGGCGGGACCAGGCGGGGCUCUGGUCCGGGAGGGCUGCUCAUUCCCCACCUGCCCCCGGGGCGGGGAGGGGAUCGACGUGGAGGCUCCCCCAGGAGCUGCCCAGCUGGACGCCGCACUCACGCUGA